AUGAGCAUCGUUUCACAGUUCUUCCUUCGAAGACCUACCCGCACUGCAGAGCAGAGAUCACCGGGAAAGGGUGGCCGACGAAUAGUCAACUCCUUGCUGCGCCUCGAUGCUCCUGUCUCGCCUCGCGGUCCCGUCAUCCACGAUGCAAAUGGGAUUCAGGCCCACAUCAAUCAUCGGGUCCUUCUGGGCGACUUUCAGGAUACGGUUUCCCGUAGCCGACGAGCUGCAGAACGCGAGGACUUUCGAAAUCUGUCAGUCCAUCAUGCUGGAGGGGGGGAGAAGGAAGAUGAUAAACGAUGGCAGGCUGGACUCAGGGAUGGGAAGACAGGAAGCGCAAUUAAGGACGUAGUAGGAUCAGCGAUAACACUGGAGGAAGUAAGUUCGGAGGAAGAGGAGGAAGAGGUUCGGCGAAUGGAAUUCGCAGAGUCCAUUUUGCUCAACCACGGAGAGUCGCGUAUCACAUUUACCUACUUGCAAUUCCUCAAAUACUUCCGUUACUUCCUCGCUACUAACCGUCAGGGCACUCUCAUCACCCUCAUCUAUAUUCGGCACAUGAAUUUACGCUCGAAGGAGGUUGCGCAGGCCUUUGAGGCUUCACACUGCACCACGCUACUGUUGAAUCUCCUCUCUGUGGACGAUCCACCUGUUCAGAUUGCUGCUAUGCGUGUGCUCGACAAAGCAUCCACCUUCAUCUAUUUCGCCCGUCUCAUUGUUCAUUUGGGUGGUGUGAGACCACUCCUUAACAACCUCCACCACCCCAACAUCCACAUGAAACGCUCUGCAGGACGCAUUAUAGGCAACCUUUGCGUCCUCAAGAAGGUUCGUGUCCUACUGGCUCGCAUGGAUGCCAUUAAACCUAUCGUCUGUCUCCUGAACGAGAACACCAAAAAGAUUGUCACAAUGCACACCGACUAUGAGCGUAAAGUGAGGAUGGCAUUGGCUUUUAACACGAGCCCUGAAAACGAUCUGAGGGUAAAAAUUAAUCGCCUAAAACAGCAGGUCGAUUCCAAUCGACGCAUGACGGACAGUUUAUUGAGGGUGCUUGGUGUGAUAUUGUGCGCUGUCUCCAAAAACGCCGAAGGUAGGCUGGCGUUACGGCAGACUGGGAUAGUGUCUGUCUUCGCAGUCCUCAUUCCAUUGGCUCGCAGCGACAUUCUCGAACACAUCAUGUCGACGCUGCAAGCAUGUUGUGUGGAUGCCUACUUUCGCAUUGCCAUUCUAACCGAGGGAAUUCUGCCUCAUCUGCUAGAUUUGCUUCAAAACUCUACUCUAGCCGUUAAACUGCCAUGCACGCUUACAUUGGCUCAAUGCGCCAACGAGCGGGCCAUUCGUGAGGGCAUACGAAAAAUGAAUGGACUGGACACGAUUGUGCGAAUGCUGCGUUGGGAGCUGAAGAAUGCCAACGGAGCAUUGGACAGCAUCCACAUAGGCUGCAUGGCACGUGGCCAGUCUUUUGAUGAGGACGGCUUUGCCAAUUCCCUUCUUCGAGGUCGUGAUCGCGCUGAGGCGAAAGUCACAGGACAGCAUCAGAAGAUUAACUUCUCAAUGCAGAAGGUGAGCAAUAUGAAGAAUCCACGCGGAGAAAGGACUGCAGAACAGAAAGAGCGGGAGCAGACUCUCGGUGUGUUGCAUGAAACUCUUCUGGUCGGAUUAACCGAUCUAAUAUGGAAGGCUUCCUUGUCCCGAGAGAUUGUGAUGAUUCUCCAGGAGAAGCAAGUGUACGAUGAUUUGGUUCGCCUAAUUAUCGAGCUGCCACGACUAUUUGGGCCUUUUCGUCGCCCUAUUACCACUGCC